AUGGACAUAUAUGGACCAAUGGUCCGCGCCAACUGCACCAACUCAGUCGACAGUGGGCGCCACCGAACGUUGUGGAAACUCUGCCUAACUGGCUUUACGCCCGAUGAAGAGGGCGAGUACAGGUUAAUUCAAAGAUACCUUACCGAACUCGAGGCCCACGAAAACAUCUCGUGGGUCUCGUACUCACUCCCAGCUGAACCAGACUUGAAGGUGGCGAUCAGGGGUAUCCCGGUUGACACAACUCCAGAGGACAUCAUUGCCGGCCUAUGCGUCCUAUCCGCGUUCGCAGAGGCCGCCCGGGAUGUAUCUUCUUCACGCAGAUCAGGCGCACACCGGAUCUCAUCCCUGCAAUCUACAACAUGGAAGAACUUCUCUGCAUGCCCGGUGUCACCGUGGAGGCGUGGCGUAGCAGGAAGGGCCCCGCACCAUCCUUCAGGCACUCAUUGCACUAAUGCCACCGGCCCAUCGCCUGCGUAA